AAAAUCUCCUGCUUGUAACUUUGGCUAGCCACAGCUGGUGCAGAGAGUUAGGAUUACAAUGCUGCUAAUAUUUUAAGUAAAGAAGAUGGGGGCUUGAUAUGGGGGUCUGUGAAGAAGCAUUCCCGAGCAGAGAUACACGGGCUGAGGUGUGCCUUUUAUCGUAUUGGAACUGAAGCGCUAUGGAGCAGUACACGGCGAAUAGUAACAGUUCCACAGAGCAGAUCGUUGUGCAGGCUGGACAGAUUCAGCAGCAGCAGCAGGGUGGUGUCACUGCUGUCCAGUUGCAGACUGAGGCCCAGGUGGCAUCCGCCUCAGGCCAGCAAGUCCAGACCCUCCAGGUAGUCCAGGGUCAACCACUAAUGGUACAAGUAAGCGGAGGUCAGCUGAUCACAUCAACUGGCCAGCCGAUCAUGGUGCAGGCUGUGCCUGGGGGUCAGGGCCAGACAAUCAUGCAAGUCCCCGUUUCUGGAACACAGGGACUGCAGCAGAUUCAGUUGGUCCAGCCAGGUCAGAUUCAGAUUCAAGGUGGGCAGGCUGUGCAGGUACAGGGGCAGCAGGGCCAGACCCAGCAGAUCAUUAUACAGCAGCCACAGACUGCAGUUACUGCUGGCCAGACACAGACCCAGCAACAAAUAGCAGUUCAAGGACAACAGGUAGCACAAGCAGCUGAAGGCCAGACCAUAGUCUAUCAGCCAGUUAAUGCUGAUGGAACCAUUCUCCAACAAGUUACAGUCCCUGUUACAGGCAUGAUCACCAUUCCAGCAGCCAGUUUGGCUGGAGCGCAAAUUGUCCAAACGGGAGCCAACACCAAUACAACCAGUAGUGGACAAGGGACUGUCACAGUGACGCUGCCAGUUGCUGGAAAUGUUGUCAAUUCAGGUGGAAUGGUUAUGAUGGUACCUGGAGCUGGAUCAGUACCAGCUAUCCAGAGAAUACCUUUGCCUGGAGCAGAAAUGCUGGAAGAAGAGCCCCUCUAUGUAAAUGCCAAGCAGUAUCACCGGAUCCUUAAGAGGAGGCAGGCACGUGCUAAACUUGAAGCAGAGGGAAAAAUUCCCAAAGAAAGAAGGAAAUAUUUGCAUGAAUCUCGGCAUCGUCAUGCCAUGGCCAGGAAGCGGGGAGAAGGUGGACGUUUCUUCUCACCAAAGGAAAAAGACAGCCCUCAUAUGCAGGAUCCAUCUCAGGCCAAUGAAGAAGCAAUGACACAGAUGAUCAGAGUCUCCUAACCACUGCUUAAAGAAAAAAAAUAACUGAACAGAAUUCCCGUCCCUUCUGCAAGUCUGUCCUACCUUUCCAGCGUAUCAAGCGAGUCUUUCAACGGGACAAUCACCAUAUCACAGCCUAUCCUUUUCUACAGAACAAGCACCACGUUUUCAGUAUGUGGUCGAGAUUUUAACUGCAGUUGACUCAACAAAUAGAAACUGAACGACUUUCUUGGUAUACUCUUCUGAUCCAGCGCAGCGAUUUCAGAGUCUGACUGUUCAUGCCUUUUUUUUUUUUUUUUUUCCCCCUUUUAAACAUCUCUUGCAUUAAGAUUGGCUAUGGGUGAGAGUGUGCCACUGACUCAGUGAUCAGCAAUAACUCUGGCAUGCUGAAGCAGGGCCAGGAAAGACCUCUUGGAGUUACGGCCCUUGGUACAGAGACAUAAUCCAGUUUAUAGCAACCAGCACUGACGUGGCUACACCACAGUACUUUGUUUUCCCAGCAGAGACUUGUUAUUUACAUCCAUUCCUUACACCUUUGGACUGUAUUGUCAACUGAACUGUUCCCUGUUGUUGCAUCUGCACUUCUGAAACUGGCAGAAACUGAAGGGGGUUCUUUUAAGUUCCACCUUGUAAAAUAUGUAAACAGCAAGCUCUUCUCUGGGAAAAGUUCAGCCAUCCAGUCACAAUGAUAGAAAUAUUUCAAGAUUAUUACAGGACUUGAUAUGUCGUGUAUCUGUUCCAAGAAGUAAGAGGGGAGAGGGUGAUGUGGGGAUAAGGAUUUAAAUAGUAAAAGUAAUCUCUUGGUGUUUUUUGGUAUGUUUAUUGCCAGUGGUUGUUGCUUUGGAAGAAAAGUGGAUGCUAGUAUAAAAAGGAUUAAAACUUCUAAGUGACUCUCUUCCAAAAGAUUUCUUUUUUUAAUCUUCCUUCUAACUUGCCAGUCCAGUGCAUGGUUCCUCCAAAAGACGCAAAAUCUGCAAUCUCCGAGUAAUAGCACUUGACCAUCUUUGUGAUGGUGUUUCUUGAUGUCUGUUCUAAAUCAGUUCCACAAUUCUCUCAUUCUACACAGAGUGAGGGAUUGUUUCAUGACAGCAGAAGCAUAGGGCAACUCAACUCGGCUCAUCCUGAUGUAACUGAAGGACUGUUAACCAAAUGAAGGCAGAUAUUGAUGAACCUUUCGGGCUUUUUAUAGACUAUCCUCUUUAAAUUAAAAAAAAAAUGUGGCACUUAAUGAAGGAGGAGUACUUACAUUUAAAAAAAAGGAUUUUUUCAUGACCUAUAGCUGGCUUCUGGCUGAGUAUCUCGACAAAACAUAUCAUUAUCUUUAAUUCCAUAGCUCAUUACAGAUUUUAAGCUUGCUCCAUUCUUAAUGAUUUGAAAUUUGGCGAUGGAAGCUGUAGUUCAUAAGCAUUUUAACAGGUGAUACCUGCGUCUUUCCAUGCCUGUCUCCUCCCAUCUUGAAUGAGUUUUACAGGCUCUCUGUGUAUCACCUGCACGCUAUAGUCCCAUCUCUUCCAAUUUUUGUGUUCUGUAAAACAUAAAACUGCAUCACAGCAGUUAAGCAUGGAUUGGAAAUAUUGCCAGGCAUUGUUAUUGAGGGAGGUGAUUAUGAACCUGAAUAGGUAAAGCAGCAAAGGGUGGGGUGUUUUUGAGGAAAGCAUCCAAGGACAGGAGAGACUGGUUUAAAUUCAGUGAAUUCUGUUUUCAAGUGACA